AUACAAAUACAGAGUUUCGCGGCUAUUACCCCAAAAAUAUAUUUUCAAUUUCUUUUUCUUCCCCAUUUUUUCCCAUUCUCUCUACCGCAAAAUUCUUCCAAUUUCUCACCGCGGUUUCAAAAUUCACCUAUGAAAUCUCUCAUUUUUACAGUAGCUCAUGGUUCUGAAAAUUGAUUGAGAAGCUGUAACUGUUUUGAUAGGUUUUCCAAGAUUGUAGGUAUGGCUCCAGCAAAAAAGUCCAAAAGCAUAAACAAGCGAUUAUCUCCUACAACUGAAAUCUCUCCCAGUAAAGAUGGCAAUGGGGACAACGGAAAGAAAAGCUUGCAACGGAAGCGGAAAUUGUCUGACAUGCUUGGUCCUCAGUGGAGUGAGGAAGACCUGACACGCUUCUAUCAAGCAUACCGCAAGUAUGGUAAAGAUUGGAAAAAGGUUGCAUCUACAGUGAAAUUCCGAACUGCAGAAAUGGUGGAGGCUCUUUACACAAUGAAUAGGGCUUAUUUAUCUCUUCCAGAGGGGACUGCGUCUGUGGCUGGGCUGAUUGCCAUGAUGACUGAUCACUACUGCAACUUGGCAGCAAGCGACAGUGAGCAAGAGAGUAAUGAGGACGCUGGAACGUCUCGAAAACCUCAGAAACGUGCAUGGGGUAAAGUUCAUCCUAAUAUAUCUAAAACAUCUGAGAUGACAUCUUCAGCAUUAGCUGCUAGCCAUGGUUGUUUAACUUUGUUGAAGAAGAAGCGUUCAGGAGGAAGCCGUCCUCGAGCUGUUGGAAAACGAACCCCACGAUUUCCUGUUUCUUUUUCUUAUGAAAAUCCCAAAGGUGAGAAGUAUUUUUCUCCUAGUGGACAGAGUUUGAAAGUGCAGCCACAUGACACCGAUGAUGAUGUGAAGAUAGCGUUAGUUUUAACAGAAGCUUCACAAAGAGGUGGUUCUCCUCAGUUCUCUAAGACACCAAGCCGUUGGACGGAUGGUGCUAUGUUCUCACCUAUUGGGACUGCUGAAAGAAAGCGUGUUAAAGUGGAUAUGGGCAACGCCAAGCUUCUUAGUAAUGAAGUGGAUGAAGAAGAGGGAAGCAUGGAAGCAGACACUGGUGAGCUGAUGCGGUAUAAGAAUGAUUUUGAGGAAGCUGAAACCGUUGGUCGAACAACACAGAAGCAAAAAAGACCAUAUGGUAAAAAGUUGGAAGUUGAUGAUAGUGGUGAAAAUCAUUUUGAUGAUAUCAAAGAGGCAUGUAGUGGUACAGAAGAAGGUCAAAGAUUGGGUGCGGCGAGGGGUAAACUUGAAAUGGAGGCCACAGAUGAAAAGAAUGCAAGGGCCUCGUUACAAGGCCCUAGAAAGAGGAGCAAAAAGGUUCUUUUCGGGCGAGAUGAAAGCUCUUCUUUUGAUGCCUUACAAACUUUGGCUGAUUUGUCUCUAAUGAUGCCAGCAGCUGAAAAUGAAGAUGAGUCAAUGAUGCAGGUAAAGGAUGAAAUUGAUGACCAUUUCGAUGAAUCUGGCUCCUUGGAAGCCAUUCCAGCACACAAACAAAGAGACAAACAAGGAUCGGCGGGGGUUAAAUCGAGAUGGAGUCAAUCUUUAUCAAAGUUUGAAGUUACUUCCAGUAAGACAUCAAAGCAUGGGAAAGUUACUUCUUCUGAUGUUAAUGCUGUUCCUGAAACAAAGCAGGCAAGGAGGGCACAGAAAGCAAUGUCAUCUAAGGCUCGCAAAGCUGAAGUUCAUGUUGACUAUGAUGUUACUGAAUCUCAGGAAGCUGCGGUAAAAGACGCAUCAAAAAAGGCCACCAGUAAGGGUAAAAGAUCCUAUCAGUGUGUGUUGCCUAAAUUAAUUAAAGAUCAGGAGCAUUCAUCAUGUGCAGAUCCAAGAACAGAACGAAGUGAUUCAGCUCAAUCAACUGCACAAAUCCCUGUCGAAAACCAGGUGAACUUGCCUACUAAAGUUAGAAGCCGGCGUAAGAUGGACCUGGAAAAACCUCAAAAACAAAAAGAUUUGAAGAUUCCUGAUAAAAGUUUGGAUGAUCCUAGUGCAUCCUUCACUGCACUUCGUGACAAAGCAUUCAGUCUUAAGAAAAAGAUUUCCAGUUGCCUUUCCAACCAUCAGGUACGAAGAUGGUGUACGUAUGAGUGGUUCUACAGCGCAAUUGACUACCCUUGGUUUGCUAAAAGGGAAUUUGUGGAGUACCUGUAUCAUGUUGGAUUAGGGCAUGUUCCAAGGUUAACUCGUGUUGAAUGGGGCGUCAUAAGAAGUUCUCUUGGCAAACCACGACGAUUCUCUGAGCAAUUCUUGAAUGAAGAAAAGGAGAAGCUUAAUCAAUACCGGGAAUCUGUUAGAUCACAUUAUACUGAACUUCGUGAAGGUACCAGGGAAGGGUUACCCACAGAUCUUGCAAGGCCUUUGUCGGUUGGGCAACUUGUGAUUGCGAUCCAUCCAAAAACAAGAGAGAUACAUGAUGGAAAUGUGUUAACAGUUGAUCACUCUAGAUGCCGUGUUCAGUUUGACCGACCAGAGCUUGGGGUUGAAUUUGUCAUGGACAUUGAUUGCAUGCCUCUAAAUCCAUUUGAAAACAUGCCCACGCUACUUACAAGGCAUGCAGAUGCUGUUGAUAAGUUUUUCGAGAGCUUCAAUGAGCUCAAGAUGAAUGCACGAGCAAAUGAGUUUAUGAAAUUUCCGGCUGGUGACAGCACGGAGAAUGGAGAUGUCUCCUCUCAUUUCUCCCCACCAAGUCAUCCCGUCAGUAAUCUCCUAAAGCAGACGAAGGUGGCUUCAGCAGAAGCUGAUAUGCAAUCUAAAUCUGGAGUCAUGGAAACCACCGUAUAUCAACAGAUAGCAUAUUCCAAGCCUUCUACUGUCGCUCAGAUUCAAGCAAAGGAAGCUGAUGUACAAGCUCUUGCAGAGUUGACCCGUGCACUAGACAAAAAGGAUGCAGUGGUUUUGGAGUUGAGUCUCAUGAAUGAUGAUGUUUUGGAAAACCAAAAGAGUGAUGACUGUUCUCUCAAGGACUCGGAGCCUUUCAAGAAGCAAUAUGCUGCCGUGCUAAUACAGUUAAAUGAAGUCAAUGAGCAGGUUUCUUCUGCUUUAUAUCGUUUGAGACAGCGGAAUACCUAUCAUGGAAGCAUUCCACUUGCAUGGCAAAGGCCAGUUCCAAAUUUUGCUGAUCCCAGUAUUUUGAGCACUUUUGAUCGUUGUACGAGUCAACCGCAGGAAUCAGGGUUCCUUGUCAACGAGAUAAUAGAAAGCUCAAAAAUCAAAUCUUGGACUAUGGUUGAUGCAGCGGUGCAGGCGAUGCUUUCAUAUACUGGUAGAGACAACACCACCGAGAAGAUUGAGGAGGCUAUUGAUUAUGUGAAUGAUCGGAUUCCACUAGAUGAUUCUUGCAUGCCAAUUCCACCUGAUCUUAAGUCAAAGAAUGUGUCAGAUAGAAGAAAUGAAGCAGAAAUUCCUUCGGAACUUAUCACCAAAUGCGUUGCUACUUUGCUUAUGAUUCAGAAAUGUACAGAACGACAGUUUCCACCAGCUGAUAUGGCAAAAGUACUGGAUUCUGCUGUAGCAAGUUUACAACCCUGUUGCUCACAAAACUUUCCAGUCUAUGCUGAAAUACAGAAGUGCAUGGGAAUCAUCAGAAACCAAAUUAUGGCAUUAAUACCGACGUAGGCCAUGUAUUAUCAACACUUAAUUUGCUCUUGUAAAUUCACUAUGUAGAUAACUAACCUUAUUCAUGGUGAAGCUCUCAGAUUAAUGCAGACUUAAUUUACUCUC